AUGGUGAUAUCAUCAUAUAUGAUUGGUCUGUCUGCUCAUUUGUUGCCCACGGUUACAACUAGGCUUGGAAUUUUGCUCUUCUUUUCCAUCUUUGGUGCAUGGUUCCCACUUCCCGCUUUCCUUGGAAACACAGAGGCUUUGAUCAAUGGUCUAGAAGGUUGGACUAGACCGGAGGAUCACAUGGCUCCACCAGAAAGGGUAACUUUUGAGACUAAGCCUCUAUGGUUGAAGCUGCUAGAAGAGCUUCACCAGAUAGUGGUGAUGCCACUUGGAGUAACGCCUCUGCAUGUGGAUCACAACUCCAGCUAUAGUGCAAAUGAAGCAUGGGCUUCUGUCAAAGAUUGGCUUUGCAGCGAAAACAAAGAGUCUCAGGUAAACCCAGCUGGGUCGAUUAAGGAGGACAAGAUUGAGCGGCCGAAUGGAGUUAAAGAGAGAAUCAAGGGGGGAGGAGUUGUACGGAGGAAUAGGGCAACUUGGAUAAACAUACUUGGCCAUGGUUCAUUAGGUGCUUUCUUGAGUAACAGUGGAUGGAGUGCCCUCUUAUGCUGUUGCCAGUUCAGGGAGACCAAUGGUUAA